AUGAUCCAUCCUGAUGAUUUGGCGACAGCAAUCCUCAAGCAGAAAUCUAGGCCAAAUCGUCUACUAGUUGAGGAGGCAGUCAAUGAUGACAAUUCAGUGGUGGCCCUCUCCCAGAAAAAGAUGGAUGAGCUGGAGCUGUUUCGUGGGGACACUGUCCUCCUGAAAGGGAAGAAGCGAAAAGAGACUGUCUGCAUUGCUUUGUCUGAUGACACUUGUCCUGAUGAAAAGAUCCGCAUGAAUAGAACGGUCAGGGGAAACCUGAGAGUGCGUCUCGGUGAUGUGGUGUCCAUCCAGCCGUUGCCAGAUGUCAAGUAUGGCAAGAGAGUCCAUGUCCUCCCAAUUGAUGACACUGUUGAGGGUCUCACUGGGAGCCUUUUUGAAGUCUACCUGAAACCCUACUUCCUGGAGGCAUAUCGGCCAAUCUACAAGGGGGAUAUCUUCAUUGUGAGAGGGGGUAUGAGAGCUGUGGAAUUCAAAGUUGUGGAAACAGACCCCAGCCCUUGCUGCAUUGUUGCUCCAGACACUGUGAUCCACUGUGAAGGGGAACCCAUCAAACGAGCAGAAGAGGAAGAGGCCUUGAAUGAGGUGGGGUAUGAUGACAUUGGUGGGUGUCGGAAGCAGCUGGCCCAGAUCAAAGAGAUGGUGGAGCUUCCCCUUCGGCAUCCAUCGCUCUUCAAGGCAAUUGGGGUUAAACCCCCCAAGGGUAUUCUCCUCUAUGGACCACCUGGGACUGGGAAGACCCUCAUUGCUCGUGCUGUCGCCAAUGAAACUGGAGCUUUUUUCUACCUCAUCAAUGGCCCAGAAAUCAUGAGUAAGUUAGCUGGAGAGUCGGAGAGUAACCUUCGCAAGGCCUUUGAGGAAGCAGAGAAGAAUUCCCCUGCUAUCAUUUUCAUUGAUGAAUUGGAUGCAAUUGCCCCAAAACGAGAAAAAACACAUGGAGAAGUGGAGCGGAGAAUUGUCUCCCAGCUCCUGACCCUCAUGGAUGGCUUGAAGCAACGGAGCCAUGUGAUUGUGAUGGCAGCCACCAACCGACCCAACUCUGUAGAUCAUGCUCUCAGGCGAUUUGGUCGCUUUGAUCGUGAAGUAGACAUUGGGAUCCCUGAUGCCACAGGACGGCUUGAGAUCCUCCGUAUUCACACUAAGAACAUGCGCCUUGGGGAGGAUGUAGAUCUCGAGCAAAUAGCAGCUGAGACACAUGGUUAUGUGGGAGCUGAUUUGGCAGCCCUGUGCUCUGAAGCUGCCCUUCAACAGAUCAGGGAGAAGAUGGACCUCAUUGACCUGGAUGAUGACCAAAUUGAUGCUGAAGUCCUUAACUCUUUGGCUGUUUCAAUGGAAAACUUCCGGUUUGCCAUGAGCAAGAGCAGUCCUUCGGCUCUGAGGGAAACAGUAGUGGAAGUUCCGAAUGUCACUUGGGAGGACAUUGGUGGUCUUGAGAGUGUCAAGCUGGAACUCCAAGAACUCAUUCAGUAUCCUGUGGAGCAUCCAGAAAAAUUCUUGAAAUUCGGAAUGAAUCCAUCUCGUGGGGUUCUGUUCUAUGGCCCCCCUGGGUGUGGCAAGACCCUUCUGGCCAAAGCCAUUGCAAAUGAAUGCCAGGCCAACUUCAUCUCCAUCAAGGGCCCUGAACUUCUCACCAUGUGGUUUGGAGAGUCUGAAGCCAACGUCCGGGAUGUUUUUGACAAGGCCCGAGCUGCUGCUCCAUGUGUCCUCUUCUUUGAUGAACUGGACUCAAUCGCCAAGUCUCGUGGAGGGAAUAUAGGGGAUGCAGGUGGAGCUGCUGAUCGUGUUAUUAAUCAAAUCCUGACUGAGAUGGAUGGGAUGGGCACCAAGAAGAACGUUUUCAUCAUUGGGGCCACAAACAGACCUGACAUCAUUGAUUCUGCCAUCCUCCGACCUGGGAGGUUGGAUCAACUCAUCUACAUUCCUCUUCCUGAUGAGAAAUCUAGAAUUUCUGUGCUCAAGGCAAACCUUCGAAAAACCCCAAUUGGCAGGCUGUGUUUAGUUGCUAUCAAAUGUCUGGAACUCACCUCAAAUCCUGAUUUCAAGAUUGAUGGCAAAAUUGACACAGAUGUGGACUUGCCCUACAUUGCGAAAAUCACUAAUGGGUUCUCUGGAGCUGACUUGACUGAGAUCUGCCAGCGGGCCUGCAAGUUGGCAAUCCGUGAAUCCAUUGAGGCUGAAUUGAAACGAGAAAAGGAAAGGGCCGAAAACCCACAGCGCAUGGAAGUAGAGGAAGAGGAUCCAGUGCCUGAAGUCGCCAAGCGCCACUUUGAAGAGGCUAUGCGUUUUGCUCGUCGUUCUGUAUCUGACAAUGACAUCCGACGUUAUGAGAUGUUUGCCCAAACGCUCCAACAGUCUCGAGGCUUUGGCAAUUUCCGAUUCCCUGGAGAGAGCAGUGGUCAGGGUACAUCUGGAGAUCGUGGAGGCAACUUCAAUGAUGACGUCUUCCAGAGAUCCUCGGGAAGCAUGGAAUACGUUCUGGGGUUGGACGUCGGUACGACUUCGGUGAAGGCAGUUUUGUUGAAUGCCGUGAGUGGAGCCAUUGCCAGCAAGCAAGCGAAAGAUACCCAGGCGGCCGUGCAGAGCCGUCUCGAAGCCGGCCACGAACAGGAUCCCGUGAAGAUCCUUUCCACCGUCCACAUAUGUGUCAGUCGUCUCCCAAGGGAUGCACUCAAGAGGGUGACCAAGAUCGGGAUUUCUGGCCAGAUGCACGGCGUCGUCCUCUGGAAAGGCCCAUCCUCGUGGGAAUACUCCCCAAGGCAGGAACGGUACGAUCUAUCUCGAGACAAGACCAGCCAUCUGUAUACCUGGCAAGACGGACGGUGCAACAGCGACUUCUUUGCCGCGCUCCCCAAACCUCGCAGCCAUCUUCGAGUGGGCACCGGCUACGGUUGCGCCACUUUGUUCUGGUUGCACCAACAGGACCCUCUCUUUUUGGAACAGUUCACCUGUGCGGGUACCAUCCAGGACCUGGUCGUAGCCAUGCUCUGCGGUCGAGAGGCUCCAAUGAUGAGCAUCCAAAUCGCAGCCAGUUGGGGUUUUUUCAACACCACGGAUUGUUCGUGGAACGAAGACAUCUUAUCGCGUGCCAAUUUUCCCGUUCGUCUUCUGCCGGAAAUCCUGAGCCCCGAUUCAGGUGUGGCCGGGACACUCUUGCAUCCGUGGUGCGGGAUCCCGGCCGGGACUCCCGUGAGCGCCGCCUUCGGGGACAUGCAAUGCUCCGUCUUUUCCACCCUGGACUCCACGCGGGACGCCGUUCUCAACAUCUCCACUUCCGCCCAGCUCUCGUACAUCAUGCCCGAGGGGUUCUCGCCCCCCGAAGAGACAGAGCAUUCCCGUGUGGAGUAUUUCCCCUUCUUCUCAGGUCGGUAUCUCGCCGUUGCUGCCUCUCUCAACGGUGGCAACGUCUUGGCUCACUUCGUCGGCAUGAUCCAGCAGUGGGUGCACACCCUCGGCUUCUCCAUACCACAAGAGAGCGUGUGGAAGGUGAUUUUGAGUCAAGCCAAGUCCAGUUCAUCUGCUUCGGACCUGGAAGUCGUUCCUCUCCUCCUUCGAGAAAGGCAUUGUCCUGAUAGCACAGCUUCCGUUUCUAACAUCACUCUUUCUUCCAUGAAUCUUGGGAAGGUCACCAGGGCCGUCUGCCGUGGCAUUGUUGCCAACUUACACAGCAUGCUGUCUCGAGAAGAGCUGGUGAGGGCAGGGAUAGAGCGGAUCCAAGGGACAGGAUCUGCCCUUGCUCGGAAUCCUGUACUCCAGCUGGAGGUGGAGUCCCAAUACCAGCUCCCUGUCACGGUCGGUCAAGGGGGAGACUCUGCACUUGGUGCUGCCAGGGCCAUGCUGCAUAUAGAUGAGACACAGUGUAGCUGGAACCACCUGCACUCAGAACCCUACGCAGUUCUGAAGUCUUUCAUACCAUACAAAGAUACUGCUUAUGAAGUGGUGCUAGCCUUCAUCUAG